GAGGCAGAGUAGCAUUUCCCAGGAAAGAUGGCCAGCAGAAAAACCAAGAAGAAGGAAGGUGGCGCUAAACGGGCGGCCAGAGCUUCCUCCAACGUUUUCUCUAACUUUGAACAGACGCAGAUUCAAGAAUUUAAGGAAGCUUUCACAUUAAUUGACCAGAACAGAGAUGGCUUCAUUGACAAAGAAGACUUAAAAGAUACCUAUGCUUCUCUAGGUAAAACAAAUGUCAAAGAUGAUGAGUUAGAUUCCAUGCUUAAAGAAGCCACUGGGCCGAUUAAUUUUACAAUGUUUUUGAACCUAUUUGGGGAAAAGUUAAGUGGUACGGACACUGAAGAAACCAUAUUGAACGCCUUUAAAAUGUUUGACCCGGAAGCUAAAGGAAACGUUAACAAGGAUUAUCUCAAACGCUUACUGAUGUCACAGGGUGACAAGUUUUCUGCUGAAGAGAUGGAACAGAUGGAACAGAGCUCUCCUAUUGAUGCAGCCGGAAACCUGGAUUACAAAGCUCUCUGCUACACCAUCACGCACGGAGAAGAAAAAGAAUAAAUUCGACAUUCUUUUG